UGGUUUCCGUGUUGACAAACUCCACCACUGAAACAGAAGGCGUAAAGGGAAAUAAAAAAACAUCAUUAAAGACAUAACAUACAGGCAGGGGUUCUUCGCAUUGCCUAAGAUUUCAAUCCCAGGAUUUUUUUCUUAAUCUCAUCCACUGAAAACUUAUGGCAAGUUUUUAUAAAGGGCAAAAUAGGAAGGAUAAACCCAGAGGACGACAUCAUGGGUUGACUCAACAGAAGAGGCAGGAAAUUAAAGAAGCAUUUGAUCUGUUUGAUACUGAUGGCUCAGGCACUAUUGAUGGCAAAGAGCUGAAUGUUGCCAUGAGGGCACUUGGCUUUGAGAUGAACCAAGAGCAAAUCAACCAAAUGAUUGCAGAUGUUGACAAAGAUGGCAGUGGUGCAAUUGAUUUUGAUGAAUUUGUGCAUAUGAUGACAGCCAAGAUUGGAGAAAGGGACACAAAGGAAGAGCUUUCAAAAGCAUUCCGCAUUAUUGACCAUGAUAAAAAUGGAAAAAUUUCUGUAGGUGACAUCAAGCAAAUAGCCAAGGAGCUUGGCGAAAGCUUCACUGAAAGAGAGAUUCAAGAGAUGGUUGAAGAAGCUGAUCAAGAUCGUGAUGGAGAAGUGGGUGUCGACGAUUUCAUGAGGAUAAUGAGUAGGACGACAUAUGGGUACUAGAAAUUGAGUGGUGUUCUGAUCUGCAGCGAGAUCCCAAGUGGGUGGUUGGUUUGGCGUGAUGCUAUAGCCGGUGGUAUAUUUGUAUGCAGAAUUAAAAAAAAAACCCUUCAGGGAAGACAUGUGCUUUAGUUAAUUUAUGCGUGUGCCUAGCUUUGUAUUAUGACCUAGAUAUUGUAGUUUAUUUUUAUUACGUGGAGUAAAUCAAGUAUUUUAUUUGCUUUGA